GCUGCGCCCGGAUUGUGACAUCAGGCUCGGCCGGGCCCCCAGCUGCUCCGCGGAAGCGGCCGGCUCCGGCUCAUCCCCCCCCGAGAGCCCGGGCAAGUACCUCGCGGACUCUGAGGUGACCCCAUCCGAGCAGCCAGGGUGUCACCCCAUGACAAGCCGCUACCCUUCAGCCUUGCUGCCCCACAGGCAGCCCUGGGCACCAGGAUGGUGUGAUGUGGCCCUGUGAGUCCCACAGGGAAGGCAGUUCUUGUAGACGUGGCAGUCCUAGACGUCAAUGCCACCGGCGGUGGCCCCGGAGCCCCAGUCUCCAGGAUGUCCCAGCUCUCCUCCCCGGUGAAGCGCUAUGGAGACACCUCCCGCUACCCCGCCGCCUCCUACAGUAAAUCCCCCACCAGCUACGGCUCCUACUCCUCCUACGGCUCCAGCUUCGCCGCCUCUUACCCAGACAAGGACAGGGUCAGCUUCAAGCCCAGCCCCCCCAGCAGCUACCUGGCCUCCAGCCGGCUGCAGACCUCGGGCGCCUCCCCGAGUAGUAGCUAUGAUGCAGGCCGGCUGGCACUGCGCCCAGAGUCCGGCAUCCGGCUGAGCCCGGGCUAUUGCCACACACUAGCCAGGCCUCUGGGCAUUGGGGGCCUGAGCGGGGGAGCGUGCUACCCCUGCACCGGUACGUCCAUCAGCCCCACCAGCUACAUGGCGACACCGUCCACGCUCAGCCGCAAGAAGUCCAGCAGCCACUCGGACCUGGCACGGGAGUUCACCGGGCUGCACGCCUCCGAACCCUACCGCCUGGACUCACCCACCCGCACCCCGCUCCUUGCCCGCAACCGCCAGGAGCUCUGCGCCCUGCAGAGCCUGUAUCAGGCCGCCAGCCGCUCCGAGUACGUCAAGGAGUACCUGGAGUCCUGCAGCAGGAAGGGCAGCCGCACCCCCGGCAGCCCCCGCAGUCCCACCCAAGAAGUGAUCACCCCUCUGUUCCGGCCCAGCAGCCGCUGCCCCAGCCAGCCAUGGGAGAGGAGCGAGAGCCGGAUGGACUCCCCCGCCAGGGACCCCUCGAACUCCAAGACGGUGCAGGGUCUGACCGGCCUCCGUAACCUUGGCAACACGUGUUUCAUGAACUCCAUCCUGCAGUGUCUGAGCAACACGAAGGAGCUCCGGGACUACUGCUUGCAGAACCAGUACGUGCGGGACCUCAACAGCAACAGCCGUAUGCACACCGCACUGAUGGCAGAGUUCGCAAAGCUGAUCCAGCUGCUCUGGACCUCGUCCCCCAACGAAGCAGUGAGCCCCUCGGAAUUCAAAACCCAGAUCCAGAGAUACGCGCCCCGCUUUGUCGGCUACAACCAGCAGGACGCUCAGGAAUUCCUGCGCUUCCUGCUUGAUGGACUCCACAGCGAGGUGAACCGGGUGCUAGUGCGGCCCAGAUCCAACCUGGACAACCUGGACCACCUGCCCGACGAUGAAAAAGGGAGGCAGAUGUGGCGGAAAUACCAGGAGAGGGAGGACAGCCGGAUCGGGGAUCUCUUCGUCGGGCAGCUGAAGAGCUCCCUGACCUGCAGCGAGUGCGGCUACUGCUCCACGGCCUUCGACCCCUUCUGGGAUCUGUCCCUGCCCAUCGCCAAGAAGAGCUACAGCGAGGUGACCCUGUUGGACUGCAUGCGGCUCUUCACCAAGGAGGACGUGCUGGAUGGAGACGAGAAGCCGACGUGCUGCCGCUGCAAAACCAGGACGAGGUGCACAAAGAAGUUCAGCAUCCAGAGGUUCCCAAAGAUCCUGGUGCUUCAUUUGAAGCGCUUCUCCGAGGCCAGGAUACGAACCAGCAAGCUCACCACCUUCAUCAGCUUCCAGCUGAAGGACCUGGACCUGCGGGAGUUUGCCGCACAGAGCUGCAACCAUGCCAUUUACAACCUGUACGCCGUGUCAAAUCACUCCGGGACCACCAUGGGGGGGCACUACACAGCCUACUGCAAAAGCCCCGUGUCUGGCGAGUGGCACACUUUCAACGACUCCCGCGUCACCCCGAUGUCCUCGAGCCACGUGCGCAGCAGCGACGCCUACCUGCUCUUCUACGAGCUGGCCAGCCCGUCUUCCCGCAUGUAGCUCCUGCCCCCCCGCUCGGCCCCCCGGGAGCCUGGCACGGCCACGCCGAGACGGGGAGACCCAGGACAGCCACGACUAUGGCGGGGAUUUCUAUUAAUCAGUUCGUUUUUUAAAAAACAACACAAGACGCAAGAGAAACCACCCCUAAAACGGGGCCGGCACCCUGGCCAGGGGGAUAGAUUUCUCCUGCCCGGGGGCCCAUUGCGGCUGAGGCUGAAGACAAGCGGAGCCCGAGGCCAAUCGGCGGCACAGACAGCGGCGAGGAUACCGGCACAGAGGGGGCUGGACAGCUCAGACGAUUCCUGUUAGGGGCAGGGGUUGGAUUCUUAGCUUGUUUUGCUCUUUUCUUUGGUGUGUAAUAAAUGCCAUGGGGCACAGGAGCCUGCCUGUCCCGUUAACUCCAAGCAGCCACCCUGGGGCAGAGACGAGUGGGGUUUGGGGACCCAGGAGUGCCUCCGUCUCGUCCUGGUGCAAUCACACCAUUUGGAGCCUGCUGCUUGGGAACCCCGCCUGGAAUUGCACUAUGAAAACACCGUGCCUGCUCUCCGGCCCAGCCCUACCCUGCUCCCUGCAGCCGGGGGCUGCUCCUCCGAACCAGACUAACAGCCCACCGCCCUUCUCCAAUAGCCUGUGGCAGCUUGGCUGGCGGCUCUGCCCAUGGCGCAGUCGUGGCAGUGAAUUAUUGAUUUGAAACUCCCUGGCCCGCCUAUGACUGGGUUUGCAUGGAUGACGCCUGGCAGUGCACACAGAUCCCAGGACAGGUCCCAGAGUGACUGUUCUACCGCUCAUCACUUUGGGGGACAUUCUUGAGAUCAUUUGUAAUUGACUUUUCUCCGUCACAGUGCCCACACCCGUUUAGGGGCCCUCCUUGCUAGGAGCAGCAGGGAUGGGGGAGAGACUCGCUUCGGGUGGGUUUACCGGCCAGCUAUACAACCGUGCCUUAAAACCUUCUGGGAGCAGUGAGCUGAACUAAGGUUCCCAUAAUCCUCUGUGGCAUGCCCAGCCUCUGCCAUAGGGGGCUGCCUGCAGCUUUCUGGGAGCCAGCUUGGGGGGUGGUCUUUGUGCACCUGGGGAUGGUGAGCAGCAGCCUCUCCCUCCCACAGAGGCAUGAAGCCAGCCUCACUGGCCUUGCUCUGGACAGGCCGGGGAAUCUCCAUGGUCUUUUUAUUGUUUUCUCUAAUUUAUUCUCUUCCUCCUCUUCCCCCCAGCCACCUUCAGAGCAUCUGGCUGCAGGGCGGGGAACCCCACCAGCCCCUAGAGGCGAGCAGCCCCCAGGCACGCUCGGAGAUACCCCAACCGGCAUGUUGAAUGGUGCCACUUGCCUGUUCUUGGCACAGCAGCGCGGGGGGUAUCCUGGCCACUUUGCUGAGGCCCCUGCUCCCCUCACCCCCACCUUGCACCCUGCCCCUGGAACAGCUCUCGGAGGACUGACACUAAGACUGAAAGGGACAUUUUCCCCCCCUGCUCAGCCAGUGCCCCUUUCGACAUGGCGGGGGCUGGGAGCGCCUGCUGCAGGGGAAGGGGCAGGCUCUCUGGCUCUGGGAGCAGCCCAGCCUGCAGCUGGGGGGAGGCCGAGCAGGGCUGUGUUGCUGUUUUGCCUAUGGCUUGUUUACUGUGUAAGCAAGAUGGGGGGAGCACAUGAGUGUCAAG